AUGGCAGCAAAGCGCAAAGCUUCAGCGAUGGGGACGGCUGUCGAUGAUGAGCCGGUUGAUCCCUCGGAUGAGCUGGCGUUUUACUGCUUGGGUGGAGGUAACGAGGUCGGGCGAUCAUGUCACAUCAUUCAGUACAAAGGGAAGACGGUCAUGCUUGAUGCAGGCAUGCACCCAGCCAAAGAAGGAUUUUCGUCCUUACCCUUCUUUGAUGAAUUCGAUUUGAGUACCGUCGAUAUUCUUUUGAUUAGCCAUUUUCACGUUGACCAUUCCUCUGCUCUGCCAUAUGUCCUCAGCAAGACAAAUUUCAAAGGCCGAGUUUUCAUGACACACGCAACGAAAGCCAUCUAUAAAUGGCUAAUCCAAGACAAUGUUCGGGUCAGCAACACCUCUUCCUCUUCGGACCAGCGAACUACCUUGUAUACCGAACGCGACCAUCUCUCUACCCUUCCUCUGAUCGAAACGAUCGACUUCAACACCACACACACUAUCAACAGCAUCCGCAUCACACCAUUCCCGGCGGGUCACGUUUUGGGCGCGGCAAUGUUCUUGGUAUCAAUUGCAGGUCUGAACGUCCUCUUUACAGGCGAUUACUCUCGCGAAGAGGAUCGUCAUUUGAUCCCUGCCGAAAAUCCACUUUCGGAAUUUCCUCCAACCCCCCCACGGUUGGAACGUGAAGCCGCCCUUAUGAAGUCAAUAACAGGUGUUCUCAACCGCGGAGGUCGCGUGUUGAUGCCCGUUUUUGCCUUGGGACGUGCUCAAGAACUGCUUUUGAUUUUGGAUGAAUACUGGGAGACUCACCCUGAGCUGCAAAAAAUUCCCAUCUACUACAUCGGUAACAUGGCCCGACGAUGCAUGGUUGUAUAUCAAACCUACAUCGGUGCGAUGAACGAUAAUAUUAAGCGUCUUUUCCGACAACGCAUGGCCGAAGCCGAAGCGAGUGGGGACAAGAGUGCGACCGCAGGGCCAUGGGAUUUCCGCUUUGUCCGCAGUCUGCGCAGUCUUGAACGUUUUGAUGACGUCGGAGGCUGUGUGAUGAUUGCCUCUCCUGGUAUGCUGCAAACUGGAACCAGCCGUGAACUGCUGGAAAGAUGGGCACCGAGCGAACGCAACGGAGUUGUCAUGACGGGUUACAGUGUCGAGGGUACAAUGGCCAAGCAAUUACUCAACGAGCCAGAUCAAAUACCUGCUAUCAUGUCCAAGGUCUCCACUGUUCAGGGCCGAGGUAGGGUCCCGGGCGGUAAUGACGAAGACCAGAAGGUCAUGAUUCCCCGGCGCUGCACGAUCGACGAGGUCAGUUUUGCAGCCCAUGUCGAUGGUGUUGAAAACCGAAACUUUAUUGAGGAGGUCGCAGCGCCGGUUGUGAUCCUCGUCCAUGGCGAAAAACACCAGAUGAUGCGAUUAAAAUCCAAGUUGCUGAGUCUUAACGCAGAUAAAACUGUCAAGGUGAAGGUUUAUACACCAGCCAAUUGCGAUGAGGUUCGCAUCCCUUUCAGAAAGGAUAAGGUUGCCAAGGUUGUUGGCAAGCUUGCGCAGGUUCCUCCCCCGGCUGGAGAGGAUGAUAGUCAGCUCAUGGCUGGAGUUCUUGUUCAGAACGGAUUUGACCUAUCACUGAUGGCCCCUGACGACCUUCGAGAAUACGCAGGCCUGACAACAACAACAAUUACCUGCAAACAACACCUCAGCCUCAGCUCCGCCAGCAUGGAUUUGAUCCGAUGGGCUCUUGAAGGUACCUUCGGGGCCAUUGAAGAGGUGGGAUCAAAUUCAGAGACCGAGUCUGAGACAAAGGAAGAAAAGAAUGACGAGCUCAACGAGAAAAGGCCAAAGAAAGAGCUCGCGGAUGAGGAAAUUCCCGCAGAGGAAACGCAGACUUUCUUGAUCAUGGGCUGCGUCAUCCUCCGAUAUCAUUCACGCACUCGGGAGAUUGAAUUAGAAUGGGAAGGAAAUAUGAUGAAUGAUGGAGUUGCCGAUGCUGUUAUGGCUGUUCUCCUGACAGUUGAGAGCAGUCCUGCUUCAGUGAAGCAGUCGGCGAAGCAUAACCAUCACCAUCACCACCACCACGAAGAGGAUGUUCCUUGCUUGCCAAAUCCCCACUCUGACUUUAGUGUUGAUGAGCGACUGGACCGUCUCUUGAUGAUGCUGGAGGCGCAGUUUGGCUCUGAAAUAUCUCCCAUCGAGAAGCCACGAGUCCCUGCCGAGCUCGCGGUGGGUAACACCGACGGGACUGAUACUAUUAAGGCGGAGGAUAUCAACGAAGAGCGCAUUGCGGAUAUUGAAUCAGCUGAGUUGGACCGUUUACAUGCCUUGGGAAUCCCCAUUCCGGGACUCGAGAUCAAGGUCGACAAGCAUGUUGCGCGCGUGUGGCUUGAGAACCUGGAGGUCGAGUGUGCCAAUGCAGUGCUUCGCGACCGUGUGCGUAUUGUUGUUGAACGCGCGGUCGAAACCGUCGCUGGCCUGUGGGCAACCAGUUCUUUGCCUCGCGAGGUCAUGGUGCCCAACGGGCCAGUCAAAGGCCAGAUGGAGAUGGUUACUGCUUUGAAGAAGGCACAAGCCAUCGAGACCUAG